UUGUAUGGGCGCCCUGCUCUGUGAGGAGACCUAACGGUCACCGGCCGGGCAGCGCUCCUCACAACGGGACCGAGGGAGAAAGCAGGAUUAAAAGUGCUUUUCUCUCACAGAUUUCUCUCACAGAUGUUUGUGGGUGAACCUCAGCCCAUAAGCUGAGCUUUCCUUGUGACAAACAAGAGCCGGUGCAGCCGAGCAGCAGCUUUCUGAGGCGAUGCAGCAGUCUCAGAUGUGCAUGUUUAUCCCCUUUGAUUCUCUUUGGUCACAAGAACGCUACUUCAGGAAGCCGUUUUUGUUCCUAAACUAUCACGUCGAGCUAGGACUACAGGACACAGGCAGACACUCGGAAACUGGACCAUGCUCCAACCCUGGAAGGACAACAUGGCCAGGGGUAUAGGCACCCAGCAGGAGGAUCCGGAUUGAUGUUUAAAAGCACAUGCUCUGAGAUCCACAUGCCAUGAACUCCACAGAGCAAGGGCAGGAACCAGAUACAGUGAGGCUGUGAUGAGCGAACCUACUCUCUCUCUGCACUAGCAGACAGACUGAUGGUAUAACAGGGGAAGACAUCAAUGUGAGGAUACUCAAGAGCACAGCUUCAAACUGGAAGAAAAAUUCAAGUUGAGUUGACUCUGUAUCGCUACAGAGAGCCGCAAUGGGAGAGUGCAGUUUUCUGUUGAAAAAUUCUCUCAAGAGCUCAUGAUUUUUUUCCAUCUCUCCUCGUAACAUUUCUACUACUCCGCAGACAUGGCUCACCACGCAAGGCCUUCCAGAUUAGCAAAAAAGGAAGAGAUAGGCAAAAGAAAAACUAACCAGGGCAAAAAGAAAUGUAGCCAAGUGAGAAAGAAAACCACAAAGACUUCCACAAAAGCUGUUAGUUCUGGAAAAGGCAAAAAGCCGGCACAAGAAAAAGAUGUUAAGAAAAAGCAGCAAGAAAAGAAACCAAUCAUGAGCUCUUCAGGUAGAUUUCUCAGGAGCAGUGUCACCAGAACCUUGUCUGGAACACCUUGGGUGAGUUUGGAGAAAGCUGACAAUAUCCUCUUUCAUAGCCAGGAAGCUUUCAACAUCAAUGGUUUUACAAUGUCUCUUCGAAACCGAUCAUUCUCCCGUAGAUUUUCUCAAGCUCCAACAAUUGCAAAACCCAGAAAAGCUGCAGCACAAAAAAAGCUUGAAACAAAGGAAAAACAUGAACAAGAUCUGGCCGUAGAAGAAGAAAAAAAUGUUGAAGCAUCCGAAAAAGUGUUGGAACAGAAUUUAGCACAAGAUGAAUUAGCUUCUCUGUCUGUAGAGGAUAUUCCAUGCAGUGUAAAUGAAGAACCUGCUGCCACGUGUGCUGGUCAAGAAGAGGAGGGAGAAAUACCUGAAAUGAAGAACUCUGUUCCAAGCACCCAAGUAAUGGAUGACAGUACAGCAGUGUCAGAGGUGGUGUAUGAGCACAGAGACCUGCCCUGUGAGCAGACACUCAUUGAUCUCAAUGCAAGUAGUGCAGCUGAAGCAUUUGUUGAAGAUGCUGCAUUGGUGCUUCUGUCUUCUGAUUCCAUAACCACCUCUGAAUCAAACUCGAAGGUGUGUAUAGAGACUCCCUUCCACCUGGUGCCUAACAGUAAACAACCUGACUCUGGUUCUAUUGAUACCUCAGACCCCAGUUCAGCUGUGCUGUUGGAAGAGUUGGUCCCACUUGCUGAAUCCCACAUUGAAUCAGAGUCAGACUUGGUGCUAACUAGUGAAGAAUACAACUCAAAUCCUGCACCCACAGUUACCUCUGAGUUAAAUUCAAAAGAAUGUUUAGAAGAUUUGAGCUCAUUUGCAGAGUCCUGCUUAAAAGCAGAUGGAGGUUUGGAGUCUGCAAAUGAAGUCCUUGGUUCACAUUCCAGCUCUGAAGCUGCCACUGGAUCAAAUUCACUUUUACAUUUUGAAAGUGUAAGCUCGCUUGUGGAAUCCAACAUGAGACUCGUGGAUUUUGUGCCCAUUCACAAAGAGCUUGACCCAUAUUCAGAUUUGAGCUGUACUGUAGAGAAUGCAGAAUCAGACUCAAAAAAUGUAUUUACAGUAAGCGAACCGGUUUCUGAUACCUCUUUAGCCAAUAUUAAAGUGGAGGAUAUUGAACGGCUUGUUAAAUGCAUUGAUGCAGAGACAUUAAUUUUGAAUUCAGGCUAUGUCCCCGCUUUAUCGUCAGAUACAGAAAAAAGAGCAGUCGAUAAAAUGUCCAGUGAGAGCUCCAGAAAAUUCUCUGAAGGCUUUGUUUCAGAGUUGCCUUCAAGCACGGAAACCUCUGUUUUUGCCUUAGAAAAAGCCAUAAAUGCAGAUUUGCCAGCUGACUCAAGACUGCAGCAGAAUGAUUAUUCAUCACAGCUGGAAAGUGUUGGAAUAAGCUUGAAUUUGAUUCAGGACAACGUAAGCAACAGCACUCAAACAGUUGAGGCCUCAGGGCCAUCCUCUCUCACAAAUCCGGCCGGUGGUUACCCUCCUGCAUAUCCAUCUCUGCUCCCUAUGUUAGAGAAAAAGAAACGAAGGCGUUGUGGAGUCUGUGAGCCCUGUCUGCGGAAAACCAAUUGUGAAGAAUGCAGCUGUUGCAGGAAGCGCAAAACCAGUCACCGGAUAUGUAAAAAGAGAAAAUGUGAAGAACUGAAAAAGCCACCGCCACCGAUCACACUACCUCUUGAGGUUCUAACUGAAAACAAAAGACCUCAGAGGAGGAAGCAAAGAGUUUUUAAGGCAAAUUUAGAAAACAAACCAGUAAAUGGCCGCAGACCAGAACUCAUGGAAUGCAGUAUAUGUGGUCAUGGUGAAAAAUACAGGGUGAAAGCAAACCAAACACCACACUUUGAAAAUGCACAGUCUAAGGAGAAAGAAAGAAUGACAGGCGUAGAAGCAGAGAAGUGGGCACAUAACGAGAAGCCAUCUUUUGGUGUUCAUGUCAAUGGAGAUACCCAUGGGACUGUGACAGACCACGAACACUUGAGAAAUGCAGAAAGAAGUGAAAGAGCGGUCUCUCCCAGUCAAUUAGCUGAGCCAAAAAAAUCAUUUGCACAGACCAUCAAAAAUGGCAUAAAAACCCUACAUUACUCAUCACCAGAAGCGGUUGCUUCACUGAAAAAAGCAUCUGUGGAGGAAAGGACAGAUUUGACGAGCGACUCCCAUGCCCAGUGGAUGAAGACUACCAGUCUGAAUGACAUAGUCAGCACUCUGGCAACGGGUGUCAGCUGUGUUCACCCAGACAAACAAGGAAAUCUGUUCAUGAAAGAGGAAAAUUGUACUUGUGGCGUCUUUCAGGAUUCUGAUAAGUCAGUAUUGCAAACCAGUUCUGUUUUGGAUCUGCAUGAAAGCACAUGUUGUCCUCCACUGGUAAAAGAGGAAGUGCAUGGAGAGGAUGGCUUCCAAGUACCUAGCACAGAGACACAGCAUGAGAAUCCCUCUCUCCAACCAACCUUCUUGUCCCUGAUUAAAAACAGAAACCUAACUGUGGAGCAGGUUGUAGCUAUUGAAGCUUUAACGCAGUUAUCUGAAGUCCCUUUAGGAACAUCUUCCCCAGCUAAAACAGAAAAUACUGAAUGUACAGAAGAAAGUUCUUCCAAUUUGCUCCACAGUUACAAAAGGGAUAUUUCAUCCUCCUUUACGUCUUCUACGUUAAAAGAAAUCAAAGACACUUACUUACAGAAAGAACAACAGCUCUUGACUCACUGUGCUCACUCACAAAAGCAGCUCCAAAAUAAGCCAGUGUUGUACAAUGGCCAAAGUUCGAUUUCUGAAUGGCGUGAUAAACCUGCCAAUCUAGCUAGCGAGAUGUAUAAAUUGCAGUUAUCCUCAAGAGAUACCAAAACUUUAUCUGAGUUAAGGUCUAAUGCAAAAUCAUUUUCAGGACUUAAUACCAAGAAAAACUAUGAUCCGGUCACCCUUCCGCGGUGUUGCAGUGUCCAACACGCAAGCAACAACUUGGAUACCCUUGGCCAGUUAGAUCAAAAGCCAGCCUGUAAUGAUUUGAGCUUGGAAGCUAGUUCUUUAAUCAAAGAAGGAGGAAUUCACAGCCAGGAUGAAGAGGAUGUAGCUACACAACUAACUCAACUUGCAGCAUUAAUAGAAUCGAAACGGGCAAAUCCAGAACAGAAGAAUGACAUAAAGACAUCACUGCUUAACCUAAUAUCCCAUGAGAGGCAAGCAAAACAUAACCAAGAUCUGCUGCAGAGAAAAGAAUCUGUAUUUUUUAGGCAACAUUGCAGUUCCUUACUGUUAAAGCAAAAACAGCCAACAAAUAAAAAAGGAAAUGCUGUACCAUGGAAACCAAGGCACAAAAAAAAGCCUCAAGAAGCACGCUAUCAACAAAUUAAUCGAAACCAACUACAGUUGUUGUCGUGCCAGCAUAGUGAGUUACAGGACAUUUGGAUAUCAUCAAAACUGCACAAGCUUGGUCAGACUGUGCCACAGGACUCCAGAAUAGCUCUGUCUGAAAAAAAAUCACCACGAACCAAAGUACAGAAAGCACUGAAUCAAAAUGCGCUAACAUUGCAGGAAAAACCUAGGCUGUUUCUUCCUCAAACACAGAUAAAAUUCCAUAGAUUAUCUGAGGUACCGCAGGAGAAAAAAAAAGACAGGUUGUUUGGCUAUGAAGUGCUGAAUGAGCAAAUCAAAACUGCAGGCUCCAGUGACCCACCAGGCAUCGUUCCGCUGAGAAAGGACAUUGCUGCAUGUAACCAAUAUAGCGAUCUGCUCUCCCGUAAUCCUCUGUCGGUUUCACAGUUGAAAACAGCAUCCUUGUUAACCAGACCAAGUGAAAACACACAGAUGUUUACAGAAAAAUGUAAUUCUCAGGUACAGCAAGCAGUGAAUGUUGGUCAGACACAUCCUUUGCCUCAAACUUUUAGUCAGUCUAACCUGAGAGCUAGUGAAACUCACAGUGAGGAUAAAGCCUAUGUUCAACAAGGUGCUGUUGAUCGGCAGGUAGAUCUGAAGUCACAGAUGCUGCCCGUUUCCUGCAGUGCAGGUCAGGUGCCCGGCACUGUGGAAGCUCUCAGGAACAUGGAGUGUGCGGGUGAAGUUACCAUCCUAACAUCAAGAAGUCUGGGUACUGACCAUCCACAGAGCACAGGCGACUCAGGGUGUUCCCCAGCAAAAAACACACUCAGCAGUUUCCUCGAAUCACCUAUGAAGUUUCUCGAUACUCCUACAAAGAAUUUAAUAGAUACACCUACAAAAAAAGGACAGCCUGAAUUGCCAACUUGUGACUGUGUUGAGCAAAUUAUUGAGAAAGAUGAAGGCCCGUAUUACACGCACCUCGGGACAGGACCAAGUGUUGCUGCUGUGAGAGAAAUAAUGGAGAACAGGUAUGGAGCAAAAGGAAGCGCUGUGAGAAUAGAGGUAGUCGUUUAUACAGGGAAGGAAGGAAAGAGCUCUCAGGGGUGUCCGAUUGCCAAGUGGGUGAUACGAAGAAGUAGUGAUGAGGAGAAGUUGCUGUGCUUGGUACGUCAGCGUGCGGGACACCACUGUCAGACUGCUGUCAUAGUGAUUCUCAUACUGGCGUGGGAGGGGAUCCCUCAUCUCCUGGCUGAUACGCUGUACAAAGAGCUGACGCAGAGCCUCAGAAAAUACGGCUGUCCCACGAGCCGCAGAUGUGCACUGAAUGAAGACCGUACGUGUGCAUGUCAGGGACUCGAUCCAGAAACAUGUGGAGCAUCGUUCUCAUUUGGCUGUUCAUGGAGUAUGUAUUUCAAUGGAUGUAAAUUCGCCAGAAGCAAAAACCCCAGGAAAUUUAGGCUUCUCACUGAUGACCCUAAACAAGAGGAACUUCUUGAACAUAAUUUGCAAACUUUAGCUACUGAUGUGGCUCCGGUUUAUAAAAAGCUUGCUCCUGAAGCUUUCCAGAACCAGGUGGAAAAUGAACACAUGGGCCCAGACUGUCGGCUCGGAUCCAAGGACGGUAGGCCUUUCUCUGGUGUCACAGCUUGCAUAGAUUUUUGUGCCCAUGCCCAUAAGGACACACAUAACAUGCACAAUGGAAGCACUGUGUCCAAAGGCUGCGCAAUAGAGGUCUGUACGUUAACAAAGGAGGACAACCGGAGAGUCGGGGUGAUUCCAAGCGAUGAGCAGCUCCAUGUGUUACCUCUCUACAAAAUUUCACAAACGGAUGAAUUUGGCACUGAAGAGGGAUUGGAAGCUAAGAUUAAAGCCGGAGCCAUACAGGUGCUCACAGCAUUUCCCAGAGAAGUACGAAUGUUAGCUGAGCCUCUGAGAGCUACAAAGAAAAAGAAACCUGACACGAGGAGGACCCCAAGUGAAAAGCAGCAAUUAGUGGAUAAGAAAUAUUCAACACCAAUAAAGCUGAAAACUGAAGCGCCAGAAAAUCUCAGUAACUCUUUGCAUUGCUUAGGGAACAAAGCAGAUGCUUUAAAACCUGGGAUAAAAACGGAGACUCCUGAUCACCUCUGUGCCAUGAAACAUACUUCAAACACUACUAAAAAUUGUUCCUUAUUAAAACAAUAUACGGCUUCCUCCCCUUUUAAAGUGGAUAGUUUACAUCCUUAUUCAUCGUUAGCACAUAAGCCUGGCAUAACAGCAGUGACUAAUAUUCAACAAGAUUUUUCAGUUCCCUACGGGUAUUUUGAGUGCAGUAGUAAGCAACCUCACGUGACACCUUAUCUUAAUUGUAAGAACUUUGAUGUGUCUGUCAAAGAUUAUACUGGAAUUUUGCUGAAUGAUAAGAUGAACGGUGUGCCGCCAGUUCUUCCAGAGGUCACUGCUCCAGGCCCCCCAGCCCACAAAGAUCCCCUGCCCAGUAUACUUGAACAUCAGCCAGACAAGCAGAAUUGUCAGCCUCAGUCAGACAGUUCUCCUUCUUCGCAGAUGAUCAGCUCUUGCGAUCUGUCAGUACCGUUAAGCUCUCCAGCAAAGGACGCAGUUGGAAAUGAAGCCGACUGUUCCCACAGAUGCCCGGUGGAAAAGGGUAGCUCCCAUCGAGAGCAGAUGUGUGAUUUUGACUGCGCUGACGAAAAGCAAAGCAGUGCGCUGGGACAACCGACUGAUCCCGAGGAAAAAGCUGAGGAAAUGUGGUCAGACAGCGAGCACAAUUUUUUGGAUGAUGACAUUGGCGGCGUCGCUGUGGCACCUUCUCACGGUUCCAUCCUCAUCGAAUGCGCGAGACGUGAGCUCCACGCUACCACACCUAUUAAAAAACCCAACCGCAAUCACCCCACGCGGAUCUCCUUAGUGUUCUACCAACACAAAAAUCUAAAUGAGCCAAAACAUGGUUUAGCCAUGUGGGAAGCAAAGAUGGCUGAGAGGGCAAAAGAAAAAGAAAAAGAAGCAGAAAGAUUAGGAACGGAGAACACCGAACUGAACUCCAGCAGCAGGAAAACAAAGCAAACGAGUGAAAACAGAGAGAUUUUUUAUGAAGACAAUGAGUUCAACCAAAUUCCAUCACGCAGAGCAUUAACAGUAACGAAAGAUAACGUAAUAACAGUAUCUUCUUAUGCCCUCACGCGAGUUGCAGGGCCUUACAACCAUUGGGCUUAGGCUUUAUUAUCAAAUGCCUCCUCCUGGUGCAGCAUUACGCAGUGUUUCUUUAAGGUGCUUUUAAAGACAAGUCUCGUGUCGUUUACUAUUUGCUCAUCUCAACCAUUUUAAGGCUGAGGUAAAAAAAAUAAAACAAGUGGGGGGGAUUUCUUAAACUGUGACUUUAACAUUUGGUGGUGCUCAAGCACAUUUUAAGCAAAAAAAGAAAAAAAAAAGAAAAAAAAAUUGUAUAGUUUUAAUACAUUCUAAAAAGAAGAUUUUGUUUAGGUUAUUAACCUUGAUUGAAAUCAUUCAGUUUAUUACCUUUAGGAAUUUAUAUUUUGGUGCUUUAAAUCAAGUCUGUUUACUACAAAAAUCAUUUAUAGGGAUUUUAACAGGUUCACAUUUUAUGGUGUUAAAUCAAGUUAUACAGUAAUAGCUCUACACAGCUCUUGGUGCUUAACCACAUCAAACAGUUAAAAUAAAUAAGCUGAAUUAUUACUUCAUGGUGCCAUUGCUUUAACAACUUCCAACCAUUGCUACGCAGUACAAAUGGCGGAGAAACCUUUUAGAAAACCAAUGAUUGUUUUUCUCUAGAUGUGUCCUUCCAUAUGAAAUGAAGUUCUUGGCAAUGAUGGCUGGAAGUUGUUUUUAAGCUGUAAAUAUAUAUUUUAAAAGCACUUUCUAUUUUUAAAAUUAACUUGAAAUAGUAUAGUAUAAGGAUCAUAUUGUCUAAGGUUUGUGCAUACUCUACAGAAGAAAUCAUUUUAUUCUUGCUGUGUAGAGUUCCAUAUUGUUACAGCUGCAGUAUGUAUGCUAAUAGUAUGUGAUUGUUUUUAGACUUGCCCUUUAUUUGUGGAAGAUUUUAUUACAUAUAAACAACUUAUACAGUGCAGAAACAUUUUAUUAUUUGAAAGAGAGCGUGCAAACAUGAAAUUGGGAGACGUCAAUACGUGUGUCGCUAUUGAGGAGUUAUGAUUUUUGUUCUUUUAAAGGCAGCAUUUGUUACGAUUUCUUUGAGCAAUAAGUGCAUAAGUCUCAUUCAUUUGGAACAUUAUAAGUUAAUGUGACAGCCAAAUGUUCCAAAGACCUCAGGGGUUGAAUUGUUUUGGGAUAAGAGAUACCCCCUAGAGUUGCCUUAUUCUAUUCUGAAAAAAUAUAUAUGUUAAUUUGAGGAAAACGUAAAGGAAGUGUUGAAAAAUAAUAACAUUUCUACUAUUUAACAGCUAAUUUUUCAUUGAGAAAACCCAUCUGUAAUGUUCACCAGCUGAGUUCAGGUUUUUUACAAAAAUGUUUUGUAAAUUUUUAAGUGAUUUAUACAUUUUGAGUAGAAAAGGUUGUAUUCCAAGCAUACAAAUUUUGUUUUCCGGUUCUCUUGGAAUAGUGUCAUACCAAGAAUUCAGUAUUUGCCAAACCAGAGAGAAAACAGGCACUCCAUUGCUUCUAAAUGCUGUAGCAUCCCACUCUUUUUUCUGAUUCUCCUCUCCUAUGUGUUUCCUUUUAAAACUUAUUUAUUUAAACCGAUUACCAAAUGGCAAUGUUAGCUAAGGACUGACCUCGUCCUGCAACUUCCUCCGUGAGAACAGUUCCACGUAGCCGUACCUGCUCAAGCCAGGCCUCCUCUCCUGGCUGAGAGCUGCAGGAUCAGGGCCCAGAGACGAAGCUGUACCUAAAGUCUGCCUCAGAGUCCUCCCGGCUGGGUAACCCAUGGGCAUAACGAGGUUAGAGUUCUCCAGUGUGAAAGUAUACUAAUAAUAUACUUGAUGUUAUUAUACUGUAGUGGUGCUGUAACAGAGGAACAUGAAUUUUCUAGGUCUCCUUUAUUUAAAAUCUAGACAAGGUGCUUUUUCCUUGAAAAGUUAAACUGUAAAUGCAACGUUUACAGUUUUGGUACGAAAUGUACUUAAAUGGUAUUUUUCACAUAUAGUGCCAGUCAGGACCUUGGUGCUACAGAUACUUAAAUACAGCUGUAGAUCAUUGAGACUGUUCUCCUGUGUUAAGUGCAUACACACGUAGUGUUUGCAGGAGCAAGGUCUGAAGUAGCAAUCACUAUAUAAUGACCUGGGAUUCAAUUGCACAGAUUCCUGUCAGCAGAAGUGCUGAUGGCAGAAGAUGGCUGAAUUGAACCCAUUCUUUGUAUCUUAAGUAAAAUUUGUAAAAACCGGGUAUGCUGCAAAUCUUAGUUCAAAGCUUAAUAUUAGUUCAAAUAGAGGAUAUGAAGGGAUUGUAAAUAAUAAUGAAACAAAGACAAUAUUACACCAUCGUUUUGUACCAGCAGUUUUAUGCUUCUUGACUACGUAAUAUACAGUAUACAUCAAAUCAUUAUGGUAUUUUGUGUGCCUUAGAUUUCCAUUUUGACACUCGUAUAUUUUUGGUGAGCCUAAGACUAGUAAGAACUCCAGCUGUCCAUACAGGAAGUAGGACUGUAUGUUCUGUAGCUAUUCCAUUCCUGUAUUUGCUAUCUGGAAACCAUUGUCCCAAGACCAUGAGCAACCAUAUACAGGAAAUACUAGUUGAUUGGUUUCACUGCUAGUGCUGAUGGCUUUAGUUUGUGUCAUACAAAUUGAAAAUACCACUCACUUAUAUGACUUUUCUACGCAAAACAAUGUUAUAGAGCCAUCUACUUACCGCUAGAAAUGUUCCGAUCGUUGAAGUGGAUCAGUUUCACUUGAAUCGCCCCCUGUAGGUGUCUGGGUUUAACUUAUGUAUUGAUAGAAACUCCAAGAUGAAAAUGUUCCAUUUAAAUACCAGCAGCUUCCCUCAAAGAAGUGAGAAAGAAGUGAAAGGUAGAUCUGAAAGAAUACCUCCAAACACAGCUCGUGGCCAGUCACUGCUCAAGUGACGGCACCAGUAGGAUUUCAGCAAGUUCAGGUCUACCUUAUUUCAAACGGCAGUUUUGAGAGAAAAGUAUAUCUUAACACAAUAGUAAUGCUAUUAACUGAUAGGUGCUAAAACUCAGAGUUACUACUUAUUAUGAUUACUUAUAUGAGAAAUAUAUAUCAUCUGUACAAUAGGUGCUCUUUCCUCAGUUGUCUAUAACGUAACUACUUCUCAGUGUGUAUCUAACAGGCAGGUUAGCUGGCCACUUCUGUUUCCUGCUGUGGCACACGGCAGGUUGUGAUUUAAGAAGUUAGUAUUUUCUAUUGCUGUACUGCGGUGUGAAAAGUACAACCAUUUACUGUUUUUACAACUGUGUGCUAUUUAUUGUAACAUUUCAGAAUAUUUAUCAGCCUUGUAUACAAAUUAUGGGUUUGGGCUUUUUUUUUUUUGAGUAAGGUUAUCAUUUUUAUAACAGUAUUUGUCUGUUAAGAUUAGUAAAUCUGUGGGUGCUUUCCUUCACAGCCCACGUUGCCGCUUGCAAUUUGCUCUUACCCCAUAACAAAGUCCUUCCAGGAUGGCCAGAUCAGAAACUGGAUCCAAAGUUAACGUAGACGACUAGGCCAGGCCCAUGGAUUGUACUUGUUUUCAAACAGCUGGCAUUGUUCCUGGUGGGAAAAAAACAGAAACAAAUGAAUUCAGGUAUGGGCUGCUGGGGGCUGUGGUUGCCUUUGGAUCCCCUUUCACAGUUCUCUAGCAACAACUGCUGAGACCCAAUGUGGGACACCUUUGGUUUUCUGGGAGAGAUGUCUGUCCUCCCUUUCCCCAUUGGGUCCAGCAGCACCGCCCCACCUUCACUGAGAGGAGUGAGGAGAGAGCAGUGCUUCCUGCAGGAGCCAGUUCUGUGCCAGACACUGAGUCCCUUCUGGGUUGCUGCAGUCAUGCCCGACUAAACACUGAACUGAACCCACAGAGGUUCUCCAUGUUACUGUUUGUAACAUGCCAUCCAGAAAGCAGCAAAAAUAAUUUCUACAAAUAUUUUAGUCUCCAGAUCCCAAAAGCUGUGUAAGAACAUACAGACAUUAGUGACCUUCUGGCUGUAGCAGUUGUAUGCAGUUUUUAUUAUUAUUAUUAUUUUUUUUUUUUUUUGCAAGGACUUUCUACGCUAACUCUUCUACUUAGGAAACUGCUGUUAGAAGUCCUUACCUUCCCUACGGCAGUACUUCUCUACACUUAAAACAGGAAAUAACUGUAGUAUCUUAAGUAACAUCUUAUGGUAAGCAUGGGUAAAUUCCAACUUUGUUAGUACUAAAGGUCAUCUGUAACAUACAACUGUUUGGGGAUGGGUUUUUUUUUGACAAUACCUUUAUAACAUCAUGGCAGUAAUUACAGUAAAUUUGGUGGGUUAAAUUUGGGUCUUGUUUGGGUCAUUGCUGCAGCCCUGUUGACUGCAAUGUGGUCAUUUAUCAAGCUUUCAUGCGAUUUUUAUGUUUAACUGGAUGGAAAUGGGUGCAGUUGACCAAAGUGUGUGCCAGCUCAGAGCCUUGCAACACUUCCACUAUGAAUAGCUCUUGCAAGGGCGGAUGCAGAGAGAUUUGGAAUCAAUGUACGUCCUGCUAAAUGCAGAGGUUACGUUGUUUGUAGCACCAGAAGUAAUUCCUGGUCGGUAGAGACAGUACCUGCACCUUGAGUUUCACACAUGCCAGCAGAUCUCUUUCAGACCUGUUUUGGGCUUAUAUUCUUGUCAUCUUAGGCUUUUCUUAUUUGAUAUUUUAUCCAAAUUUUAAUUGAAACAUGCCUAAUAAAACUGCAUCUUCAUGGUUUUAUAUUAAAGACUUACGGUUCGAUCUUGUUCUUUAAUUUCCUAUGAAAUUCUCUUUGAAAUCAGCUCAUUUUAUCAAGCAGUUAUCAGCUUUAUAAUCUUUUCUUGAAACUAUACAUAUGAUGACUCCUCUUCUACUUUCUUCCCCCCCACACCUCCCCCCACCCCACUGAAAUACUCUAACUUAGGCUAUCAGGAAGAAAUAACCACACUCUCGCAUAUACAGAAACCAAAAUUGCAUGUCUGCUUCUCACUUCUAUAUGUGACUGCAGUUGUAUUCACGCAGUGUUAAGUGAACUCUCCUUCAGGUCCAUUGUGGUUAUUAAAGCUCAAAGUGAGUUCUUUGUGAUGCAUCUUCCAUAAAAUUGUUGGUGCUUUAUUUCUUGUGUGUGAUAAAUGUCCGCCCAACUAUGCCCUGUGAUCUCCUCUCUGAAGUAAUUUAGAGAUAAAGAACAGUCCAAUCACGUAUGGAAAUACUGCCUGGCUUUAAUGUUUUCAGGCCAUCUGACUUCCAGGAGACAGUGAGAAGGAAUAUCUUUGCAUUGCAGCAUUGCUUCUAACCAGUAAGAGGACGUGUCAGCGUGUCCCACAGCUGUGGAUGCAUGAACACAUUCAUCUGCUCCCGUAGUUCUUCUAGGGACGGAAAUUGUUGCUUUGUUCUCUGCCUGAGCACAUUGGUUUGUUUAAGGAACAAUAAAAAGAAGCAAAAAGCAAAGAGUACAGGGAGAGCAUUGGUCAGUGUGUGUAGACAGUCAUAGGCAAAUAGGUAGUGGCUACAGUACCCUGAAACAGCCUUCUCUGUUCACAUGGUGUGGUUGUUAAGGUACUUCUUUACACUGACCCUUGUCUUGGUACCUCUAAUUUUAAAUACAAAAGCUUUUUAAAGUCCAUGUUAUGUUUAUAUCCGUCUUAAACAUGAAACAGAGAGGCUGCUUAGUGGAACAGUGCACAAAUUGGUUUUGGUGUCUUCUUCCGUGGUCUGAUCCUUUGUCAGCCUUCACAAGUUGUCAACAUGGUGCUUCAGUUUGUUGCUGCAGAAUGUAGAGAUUUACCUUUGAGGAUUUCUCAGAGACCAAGGAUUUCUAAUAGCAAUGUCUACUCAGGUGCCAGUAAACAUAGAGGUCACUUUUUUCUUCUAAGCUCUUUGAAAAUUGAUUUAAUGUGUAUUUUAUCAUCAUCCUAUUAAAACACCUCUAGUCAUGUCCGAAGCUAAUUUUUUGUUCUUAACACUUUAUGUACCUGCUUGCUAAAUUAAGCCAGUUCUCAUGGUAAUGCUGUGUUAUCUCCUUGAGGAGCACUUCAUGUGAUCAGUGUUGCUGGGUAGGCAUCGCUUUCUGCCCUACACAGACAGCACCAAGUACCAGAGGCUGCUUUCUCAUCCCACAGUCUCUUUAUGGAUCAUCUGUUGUGUGAGCUGUCGGCCCUAGGUGAUGUUAGAACCAGCUGCCGAAAGCUUUAAGUGCUUCCAGCUGCUCCAGCAGUCCUUGCUAUCGCUCUGCAGAUCUGCUUCAGUACUCGGCAGCAGGACUGCAGAUGUCAGCCUGCUCACGCAUCCUCCCCCACCUGCUACUGCUCUGUGUGUUAAUCAUCCAGCCUUCGUCUCAUGAAUAGCAUAAGAAUUUAUUAUUCUUGUGACUGUUCCAAACUCUGUUUUCUUCAUUCAUCAUUUAUUCUGCAUAAGGCAGAUGUAUUUUUUUAAACUCAUGUUCUGUCAUAGAGAAUCCAGAAUGUUUCAGUUGGAUACUUUUUCAUUCCACAAAGGAAGGACAUUUCAGAUCUUUCACUCAUCAGUGUUUUCUUUUUUUUGCCUAUUUUUCCAGCUAACCUCAGAUCUCUUGCUGUAGCUGUCACUCUGUUGUUAUACAUGCAUGUAGCUAAACAAAAGUCCCUUUGCUCAGCCCUCACACUCCAAAGUGGAAGACUUUUCCUCCUGUUUCUAGCACCUUUGUGCAGUCAGCCCUCUUCUCUUCCAAGUUACCAGCUCUGCCCAGGCCCUCACGCAAGCUCUGGCAGACCUUGCACCAUUGUAAAGUAUUACUUGACAUCUUGCAGCUACGUUCUUGUGCAGAGGUUAGUUACCAUCCUUGUGAGAAUCCCUAGUACCGUGCAAGUGUCCUGCCUGAACUGCCAGCACUGCUUGGAAACAAGGAGUGAACAGUGGAUGAUUGUUUUGUACUUUCUCUGUAACAGCAGUUGGAACUGAUUGAGCUCGAGCAGAAAAUAAUUACAUAGUACCUGAUUUUAUAAAGGGCCUAUAGGGCUGUUGCCAUUGCCCUUCUGAGAGGCAAAGGCUUUAAGAUUCUUCUUCCAACCCAGUUCAUCCCACCGGUGUUUAUGCUGCUUCACCACCUAUGUGUGACUUCAGCUUGUAAAGAUGUAAGAUGCUUCUUAAUGCUCCUUCCUGAAUUCUUCUAAAACAGCAUAUUUUCUGUUUCCUACUGGACCAUUAUAUAUGUUGUUUUCCAUGGACAGUUAGAUGGAAAUGCUAGAAUCUCCCAGCAGUGUACUUGCAGUGAAUGCAAGGUUAGGGUGCUAAAUGAUUUACACAAUGGUGGCUUGUUCUGUAUGGUGUGACAACACUUGUUGUUUAACACUUUGCACACCCUACCAGCUUUCCUCAUAAAACGAGAGGACGAAGGUUGUAGGUCUGAAAAACCUCCAGCUGUAGGUAUGGACGGGUUUGUCAGCCAACAUACAGAGUUACCGGUGUCAGCAGAUGAACUGAAUUCCAAAGAAGUGCUGCAGAGGUGUGAGGGAACAACGAGUCUGAUGGUCAGUGUUGCAGUUGUUGCCACAGAACAUUUUAAUGCUGUUGUGGGAAGUUUUGUGAUCUUAUCAAUAUUUUACAUGUACGUCUGUAGUUCUGUUACUUUGUAAUGGAAAAGGGUCUGGGGUUUGGGAAUCUAACUAAAAUUAGGAAUGAAGGCCCUAAUUCUCCUUUAUACCACUGUCCUUUGCACCAUGUUAAAAGGACAGAGAGGCCGUAAAUGGGUGCCCACUGAGCUUACAGUACCCCAUUACACUGAUUGUGGUUAAAAGGCCAUUAGUAUCAAUUGAAACUGUUACCCACAGAUGUGUACAGCCAUGGCAAAUCGAUGCCAUGAUAGCCCUGUUUUGUGCAUACUGGCCAGUAACAUCCAGAUUGUUCUCAGCAUAGAAAUACAGGUUGAAAUUUCUCCAGCCUGUUUUGUAAUGAAUACCUACAAAUUUGUUGAUACUGGCUGUAUAUUUCCCAACCUUGUCUACAAAGAGAACAUGGUAGAAGGUUUGUACCUCAAAAUAACGACCUGGCCAGUGAUCUCACAGGCAAGAAAAGCAAAUACGAUCUCCCAACAGCACUGAAAGAGCCAGUUCUAACCAAUGCAAACACUUCAACGUUUUCAACUUCAACAAUUCAUCAGUAUGAGGCAAUUUGUUCAGUUUAGAAGAGACAGCUCUUCAUGAUGUGGCAGUAUUAAACCAGGUCAUAAAUGUUGUUCAAAAUCUUCUAUCAUGGAAACAUUAAUUAGUAAGGGCACACUGUACCAAAAUGCUACGGCUGAGUAAUUCUUCCCCUAUUUAAAAAAUUAAAAGAUUAAACAGUAUGCCAAAAAAAAAAAAGAAAAAAAUAGUAUUUUCUGUCUUCUCUCCUUUUUCCUCUUUCCCUGUUUUUCUUUCUCUCUUUCCUUGGGAUGCAUUUGAUAUUUAUUUUUCAACAUUGAGGUUUUGGAUUGUUUCAUUUAACAACCUACUGUAUUUAGAUCCGAAACAUAACUCUUAUAAAGCAUAAGAUGAUGUACAGGGAGAAAAAAAUCAGAAAGAAAAAGCACUUCACUACGUCACCGUAUCUACAGGAAAAAGCGUAAAAAUUACUUCUUUUCUCAAAAAAUACCUGGGGCCUGAUUCUUCCCUAGUAUAACCGAGCACAGCUUCACCGGUGGUGGAGCUCUGACGAGUUACACUAGCUGAGAAACUGAACCUUCCAAUCUUUGCAGACAAGGGAACCCUUACCAGCAGUACUUGAAGACUUGUGAGUUGUGACUGCAUGUUACUUGAAAGACCUAAUUAAGCUAUGUUUUAUGGUGCAAGCAGUUGUUGUACAUGAUUUCAUGUUUAUGUAGCAAGAUGCAUUGAAAUGUUGAUACUAGUAUUGAAACAUACAUGUAAAAAUUGUUGUUGUGGAAAUUGUCUGUUCUGUUCUAUUUUUCUUGUGUGUCUCAUCUGUUUAGAACGUAAACUUUCUUUUUUUUUUAUUGUCCUAACUGAAUAAGGCGAAAUGAAUACUGUAAUUGAAAAUAUAUUUUAAAUCUUGUCAUGAGUUUUUAAAAAGACUAUUACAAAUUGUAUCAUUCCUGAUUACACAGAACUUUGUGGGUGGUUUUAAAUAAAUUUUAUACUUCUAUUUUGCA